CAGCACACAGGGCCGGGCUGCAAGAGCAAGAAGGCAGGAUGUUGUCAAGGCCAAAGCCGGGAGAGUCUGAGGCAGAUCUGCUGCACUUUCAAAAUCAGUUCCUGGCAGCCAGAGCUUCACCUGCAGUGAAGAUUGUGAAGAAAGCAGACAAGCGGAAGGGGGAGGAAGGGAGCACAGAUACUGAGACACGUCCACUGAAGGACCACAAGGAUGUAGUCAUGUUGGAUGAUUUUCCUGAUACUCUCCCAACUCUAACUCCAGCUCCUCCAAAAAAGUCCAAGAUCAAAAGUGCCUGUGUCCACUUCGAGGAUGAAGAUCCAGAGGAAAGAUUGGAGAGUCAUGAUCAACACAUUACAGCAGUCUUCAGCAAAAUUAUUGAACGCGACACAAGUGCACUAGCAGUGACAAUGCCAGUGCCCACAGGAGACCCAUUUCCAAGGACGUUUCACCGCUCUGAGAUAAAAAGUGAGGUGAAGGUGGGAUCUGGAAGAAAAAGCAUCUUUGCACAAAAGAUGGCAGCGAGAAGAGCUGCCGAAAAGGCAGCAACAACUCCCUCUGCUGCUGAGUGUGUGCAAAUAAGAUCAGCUGCUCCGGAUGCCCUGGAUCCUGAGGGAUCAGCAGGAGGGGCACCUGUCCCCAGGAUCAGGGUUGGUAAAGCUGGUGACUUUCUGAUCUCUCAGCGGCCUUGUCUUAUAACGGGAGAGGGUCUUGGAAGCCAAAAGAGUGAGCAGGAAGCUCAAGCUAUUCACAAAGAGAACUUGGAGAAGCUGCGGUCCAUGUCUGAGGAAGAGAUUCUGCAGGAGCAGGAAAAGCUUCUGGCUCAGCUGGAUUCCAGUUUAGUUGCUUUCUUAAAGUCACGACGUGGUGGCAAUGAAGGCCAGAAAAGGGAAUUAAAAAUGGAACAGAACAGAGUGGAGGAGUUUGUGAAAUCUCUGCCUAUGGCUCAGCAUGGUGUAGGAUCAUCUCUUUCCAUGCAGGAGGCGAGUCUGGAAGAAUCUGUAAGGAAGGAAGAAAAUAUGAAGAUAGAAGUGACAGAUGAUGAUCUGCCUGUGAAGCCCAAGAAGGAAUGGAUUCACAUGGACAAUGUGGAGUUUGAGAAGCUGGAAUGGAUGAAGGAUUUGCCCUCACCCCGGCAGAAGAAAACCAAAAAGGGAAUGCAAGCUCGAUUCAGUUUAAAAGGAGAAUUGAUUCCUGUAGAUGCUGAUUUACCGACACAUCUAGGCCUGCAUCACCACGGAGAAGAGGCAGAGAGGGCUGGUUAUUCUCUCCAAGAGCUCUUUCAUUUGUCUCGCAGCCAAGUUAUUCAACAGAGGACACUGGCUCUACAGGUCUUGGGUCAUAUUGUUCAAAAGGCCAGGGCUGGAGAGUUUGCUUCUUCCUUGAAGGGCAGUGUUCUGCACCUGCUGCUUGAUGCUGGGUUUCUCUUCUUGCUGCGCUUCUCACUGGAUGAUGCAGUGGAUAAUGUCAUGGCUGCAUCUGUUGGCGCUCUCCGGGCUCUGCUGGUGUCCCUUGAUGAUGAGAAAUAUCUUGAUUGGACUUUCUCAUGGUACCAAGGGAUGGCUGCAUUCCCCUUUGUCCCCAACAGUGAGGAGGAAGAAGAGGAAGAAGAGGAAGAGUUAAAUGGAACAGAGAAGUCUCGAGAUAAAAAAAUAAAGGAUGAAAACAAGCCAGAUCCAGAUGUGGCCCGAUAUGAUGUUGUAAAGGGACUUUUGAAGACACGGAUCCAGCACCGGCUGAGGUACAUCCUGGAGGUGGUACGACCUGUUCCAACAGUAGUCCUGGAUAUACUGCACAUCCUCACCCACAUAGCAAGGCACUCCUCUGAAGCAUGCAGCCAGCUGCUUGACUGUCCUCGGUUGAUUGACACCAUUGUAAGGGAAUUUCUCCCUACUCAGUGGGAUCCCAAAGUGGCUGAACCAGGGCAUUUACUCACCAGCCUCCAUGGAGUUGCUUGUGCCACUGCUAUGAAGUUCAUCAGAGUAUUGGCAUCUGGAGGCCGAAAUGCAACAGCCAGGCUGCUUAACAAAUUUGAAAUGAAAAGUCGGUUAAGUCGAUUUAUAGCUGAAGACCCGCUGGAUCUGCUUCUGCCAAGGGAAGAAGCCAUCAGGCUAAGCACCGAAGCCUUCCGGUUGUGGGCUGUGGCAGCUGGCUAUGGUCAGGCCUGUGAUCUCUACAGGGAUCUCUACCCCGUGCUGGUGAGAAUACUGCAGUCCCUGCCUGAAUUGCUCAGCACUUGCCGUGGGAAGAGCCCUAUGAUUGAGUUGUCUGUCCAGCGAGCUACAGCAGUAGUUACUCUGCUGAUACAUGUGACGCAAACAGCAGGCUACGCGGCAGAGCUGCAGGCCAAGAUGAGCAGUAAUAGUUCAGAAGAUGGUGAACAGAUUCCACCUCCUCCGGUAGCAUGGAAUCAAGUGUCAGGCUUACAGCCCUUUCUUGAGACCAGUCUGAAACAAUUCCUCCAGGAGAUAUCCCAGACAGAAACUUGGCAAACUCUCCAGCCUCUGACCACAACUUAUGUGAUCUACCUGGGAGUUUAUUACAGUGCCUGCAGCCAACAGCCAUCAGUCAAUCCAAUCGACUGCUUAGAGGAACUGGAACGUUUGACAUCUGAGGUGCUGCAGCCCCUUCUCAGCCAGCCAGCCAUGCACAGCAUGUGGGACUUGCUCAGGCCAUGUUCUGCUUUGUGCAACCCUCUGUCCUGUUCCCCAGCACCAGAAUCUGUCUUCAGCAUUGCAUCUCUGAGUUGCACUGGAGGGAAACCUCCUUUGAGCCUGGUGGGGUCCAAGUCACCUUUCCCCUUCCUCACUGCCCUCCUAUUUCUCAUCAAUAGCAUCACUCACAUUCACAAAGGAUUGACCAGCAAGUACAGCUCUGUGCUGGGCUUCAGAGGCUUGAAGGAUUAUCUGCAUCAAAGCUGGCAGACGGGACCUCCCUCUGUAACUCCCUCAUCUGCGUGGAUCCUGCGCCAUGAAUAUCAUCUGCAGUACUUUGUGUUGGCAUUGGCUCGGAGAAUGGCAAGCACUUGUCCGGAUUAUGCCCAGCAUGCCUCACUCUAUCACUGUGUUGCCAUGGCAUUGCUAAGCCGUCUGUUGCCAGGGAGUGAGCAUCUGGCUUACGAGGUCUUACUGGAUCUUGCCUUUAAUCCAGAAUUUCUUCC